AUGCUUUCCUCAGCGCUCCUCACCCUCGCAGUGGCUAACGCCGCCAACGCCGCAUACUCAUUUGAUCCUCUGUAUCAUUUGGCUGGUAUUGCUCCGUACUUUGAAGACCCUCAAUCGGAUCCUGCUACACCUCAAGGCUGCAAUGUCACUCGCGCAGCCUACCUUGUUCGCCAUGCUGCCAUUUACGCGAACGACUUCGACUACGAGGAGUACAUUGAGCCUUUCACAGACAAGCUGGGCAACAUGUCUGUGAACUGGAAGUCUGCGGGGCCUUUGUCUUUCCUGGCAAAGUGGCAGACACCUAUCUCGGAUGAGGAGCUGGAGGACCUGACCACUGUUGGCCGUCUUGAGUCUUACAAGCUGGGCACCGAGAUUCGUCUAAGAUAUCCCGGAUUGAAGAACCCUAAGAAGGUGUGGACAUCAACGGCUGAGCGCACAGAACUUAGUGCCAAGUCCUUCAUCGAGGGCCUGGUCACGCAAAGCAACGAGACCGAGCGCGUCACAGUAUCAGAAGACGACUCAGAGGGUGCCGACUCUUUGACUCCUUACAAGGGCUGCCCCAAGUACAGCUCCUCGUUCGGCAGCAAGCAGUCAGGAGAGUUCCAGGACGUAUACACAAAGCCAAUCAUUGAGCGCCUCCGCGACUUUGCACCUGGAUUCAACUUCACUGCCAACGACAUCACAGCCAUGCAGCAGUUGUGCGGCUACGAAACCGUUAUCCGCGGCUCGUCCCCCUUCUGUUCGCUUGAGCUUUUCAGCGCAGACGAGUGGCUCCAGUUUGAAUACAUGAACGACAUCCAGUACUUCUACAACACUGGCUACGGCAACGAGAUCUCCGGCGUUCUCGGAUUCCCUUGGUUGAACGCCACCGCACAAUCCCUGCUCGCCGACAACUCCACCCAGGACAUGUAUGUCUCGUUCACGCACCGCGAGUUGCCACCCACCGUCGCCGUUGCCCUUGGCAUCUUCAACAACACCGAAUUCGCAGGAGCCGCCAACAUCAACGCCACCAUGCCGCUUACAAAACAAAACUACCAGCGCGCAUGGAAGUCCUCACGCAUCCUUCCGUUCCUCACCAACAUCGCCAUCGAGCGCAUGACCUGCGACAGCUACGGCUACCCCGCCGGAACCUACGUCCGCGUCCUCGUCAACCAGGACCCGCAGCCGCUCGAGUGCGCUGUUGGCCCUGGCGACAGCUGCUCCGAGGGUUCAUUCACCGAAUUCAUUCAGCAGAGGGGCGAGCUGUUCGGCGGGUACACGGAGAAGUGCGCACCGACAGAGUACAACAACUCUACGGAUGUUUUGACUAUUUACAACUAG